CGGGCGGCGGCCCCCCCCCCCGCCUCCGUGCGGGGCAAUAUGUUCAAGAGAAUGGCUGAGUUCGGGCCUGACUCCGGGGGCAGGGUGAAGGGCGUUACCAUCGUGAAGCCGAUCGUGUACGGGAACGUGGCGCGGUAUUUCGGGAAGAAGAGGGAAGAGGAUGGUCACACGCACCAGUGGACGGUUUACGUCAAGCCUUACAGAAAUGAGGAUAUGUCUGCCUACGUGAAAAAAAUUCAGUUCAAGUUGCACGAAAGCUACGGUAAUCCUUUAAGAGUUGUUACCAAACCACCGUAUGAAAUCACCGAAACAGGCUGGGGUGAAUUUGAAAUAAUCAUUAAGAUAUUCUUCAUUGAUCCAAAUGAAAGACCUGUAACCUUGUAUCACUUGCUGAAGCUUUUCCAGUCCGAUACCAAUGCCAUCCUGGGAAAGAAAACUGUAGUUUCUGAAUUCUAUGACGAAAUGAUAUUUCAAGAUCCUACUGCAAUGAUGCAGCAGCUGUUAACGACAUCUCGUCAGCUAACGCUAGGUGCUUAUAAGCAUGAAACAGAGUUUGCAGAUCUUGAAGUGAAAACCAGGGAAAAGCUGGAGGCUGCCAAAAAGAAAACUAGUUUUGAAAUUGCUGAGCUUAAAGAAAGACUAAAAGCAAGUCGUGAAACGAUCAACUGUUUAAAGAGUGAAAUCAGGAAACUUGAAGAAGAUGAUCAGUCUAAAGACAUGUGACGAGUGUUGACUUGAAAAAGAGCCUAUACUGAAAACAGAAGGACUUCCUUCAAUCAUGGAAUUCUAUGCGUUCAAUUCUGUAACUGAGACUACGUGCAUUUCACUUGCAAAUGAUUGACCUAUGUGGCAAUUGACUUCAUAAAUGGAAGAAAAAAGAAAGAAUGUAUCCUUGUUUUAUAGUUAAAAUCUGUGGGUAAUUAAUGAUUUAUUUCAAGUAGAAGGGGUUUUGGGGACCAAACUUCUUUUUUUUUUUUUUUUUUUUUAACUGCAUUUGAGUGGUAUAUGGAAACUUUGUAUUAAGUCUUGUAUUAGUUCAAUGUGAUUUUACAAAAUGCUGGUGUUUACUUUUUUUACUUG